UCUUCGGCGCGCGCUGUCUGAUUGAAGCCAGUUCGCUGGCUUCGCCGCCAGCGUGAUGACGUUAGUGCGCAGCAGCCGGUGGAGGGCACGAGGAGAAAUGUCUAGCCGGUAUGGCCUGUGCCUGCGGGUGGGUUUUGUCGUUACUUUCAUCCUCAGCUUCCAGUUCGGACUCACCGCCGCUUUCCCUCAACCCCGACACGGUGAUGUGCGAUGUAGCGAGAAUGAAUUCCUCUGUCUGAACGGACGCUGUGUUUCUGCAGAGGUGCUGUGUAAUGGAAGUGAUGACUGCAAUGAUCAGAGUGAUGAGCAAAACUGUUCUGUAUCAGGAUGUGGACCUCAUGAGUUUCUUUGCAGCAACUCCACUGUCUGUAUCUCUAGAUACCAGCUCUGUGACAAUCACCAGGACUGUACGUCAGGCGCUGAUGAAUCUGGUGACCUUUGUGAAAAGAGAGCACUGCAACCUGAAAGUUGUGGGGAGUUGGACUUCCUAUGUGGUUCAGGCCAGUGCAUAGAGCUUCAGUCAGCUUGUGACAACUUUCCUGACUGCAGUGACAGUAGUGAUGAAGUCAGUUGUGAUCAGAAUGAGUGUUUGGAGGCAAAUGGACAUUGUUCACAUUAUUGCUGGGACCUGCCUUUAGGUUAUGAAUGUGCUUGUCCAACUGGAUUGGAGCUAAUAAAUCAUUUCAUAUGUGAAGAUGUGGAUGAGUGCAGAAACCCUGACUUGUGUGACCAGAUUUGUGUUAACCUGCCUGGAUCAUACACCUGUGAAUGCUCCCAGGGAUAUCAGAAAGAGCCACACGCUGGCACUUGCCAAGCUGCAGGAGAGGAACCAUUCGUGAUUGUCACUAACCAUGGAGAUAUCAAGAGCAUAAAUGUGAACAGAAUGGAAUAUUUGGAAAUAGCUGACGGAUUGCACAGUGCAACAGCUCUAAGCAUGGAUAUCACCUCAUCAACAAUCUUUUGGUCAGAUGACAUACAUCAUGGAAUUUUCAGGAAAUCAGUAGAUCAAAACAGAAAGGACAUCAGACAGAUUUUGGGAGAUGUGCAAAGUCCUGGUGGAAUUGCUGUGGAUUGGAUCUACAGCCACAUCUACUGGACAGAUUCUAGAGCCAGAACCUUAUCUCUUGCUACUGUGGAUGGAUUGAAAAGGAAGACCCUGUUUAGUACGAACUUGAAAGAGCCUACAGCUAUAGCAGUCGAUCCACAGUCAGGCUGCUUAUACUGGGCCGAUGUAGGAGAACCAGCAAAAAUUGAAACGGCAGGGAUGAAUGGAGUUGGCAGAAGGAUACUAGUCAGCAUUGGAAUUGAGAAGCCUACUGGGAUUGCAUUGGACUAUAUAAAGAAACGUGUUUACUGGGUAGACUCUAAUCUCCAUAAACUUUUCUACACUGAUCUGAAUGGACUUUAUCACAGUGUCUUUCACUCUCCAAAGUACUUGGCUAAUCCAUUUGGGCUGGCAGUCUUUGAGGAUCGUGCCUUUUGGUCAGAUGUGGAUGGCAAGGCUGUGUACAGCAUUAACCGGUUUAGAGAAGCGAAUGUGACGGUUCUGGCACAAAAUCUCACUGAACCACGAGGUCUUGUCGUGUUCCACAGGCUGAUGCAGCCAAUUGUACAGAACUGGUGUGUUGAAGAACGUGCUGCUUGUGAGUACCUGUGUGUGCCUGCUCCUUACACUGAGCAGCACUACACAUGCUUGUGCCCAGAUGGUGUGAUACCCAUCAGGUCUGGACAUACAUGUGAAAAAGAAACCGACUCCGGCGCUUCCUCGCGGGAGCGUGACGACUCCGCUUCCUCGCGGAAUGACCUGAACCAGCUUGAUGCUGUAUCUGUUGGAAUUAUCGCUUUGAUUGUGAUCAUGCUUGGAUUUGUGAUGUGUUGUGCUGCUGUACAUUGGCAAAUGAUUGUUGGCCGUGUCAAAACAUCAAGCUUCUGUUCUGUCCAUCUCAACGCCGAGAAUUCAACAAACUGUAGUGGACAGAGAACAGACAGCAUUUCCCAACAGUUUUUGCUAUCGGAAUGAAGGAGAACGAAUGCAAGAUUUUUUUGUUCGAAGUGUUCAGUAUUUAAUUUCAGCAGAGCUUCCUAUAUUGGUGAAUUGAUUGGACAGCCUAACGAUCAGUUAAUAUUUAAUUUUAUUGCUCAGGGUUUUUGGUCAAGUAUUUAUUUGUCAAGUUCUGGUGCUGUUUAUAGGAUAUUUUGAUUAGAUAUGAGGAAAAUGUGUCCAAAAAUAGAUUUCAGCAAAAUUACAAAAGGAUGCCCCAUCAAGAACCUCACCAACCAUUCACCAUUACACUGUGAAAAGAAAAAGUAAACUUUCUUCAAACACAUUUGAGCAUUCCAACCUCCAGCACAACAAGUUUACUUACUAUAAAUCACCACCACCACCAAAGAAUGACUUGAAAUUUCUUGGACGUAUUUCUGUAAUUAACAGUAUAAAAAUUCUGUGUGGGUACUGCUUCAGAUUGAUCUUCACCAUAGAACUCAGGAAGGACUUGGAGUUUUAUUAAACGUUGAGGAAGUUGCCAUCUUUUGUAAACAUGAAUUCAAGAGUUGUCCUUACUGACUGACUUUAUAAGCAACUUGAUAUGUAAUUCUGAUUGAAGUAUGAGUCCCUACUUGCAUCUAGUGCCUACUGAAAUUCUUAGUGAGAGUAUACUGCAUUGCGGUGCACAGCGAUGAAAAUCCCUGAAUCAAAAUUUCCUGACACGGGCAGAAGGUAAAACUUGUCAACAGCCUGCAAGUUUAUUCAAAUGUAGGCCAAAUUGGAAAUUUAAGCUUGCUACUUCCUUAUUGCUGUUGAGAACCUUUGCAUGUGUAAAACAUUAAUAAGCUGAAAAUGACCAGCAAGUUAGCUGAGGAAUGUCUUAAGAUCUUGUGUGGCAUUCCUUUCUGUUGUAGCCUUCAGAUAUUUAGUCAUUUUAAACAUAAUGAUCCUGUAACAUUGGAAAUAUUUAUCAGUGAAUCUUCAAUAUUCUAAUAGUUUGAGAUUUAAUGCACUUAAACAUUUAUUUCCACCAUAGAAAUUUUAUUUAUGCAUUCUUUCUUAAUUGCUUUAACAUUAGAAUUAGCCUGAGCUGUGUACUUGAAGGUGACUGAAAUUCAGCACCACAGCAGAAUUAAUUUGCUGACAUGAACAGGAUUAAUCCUCUGCAUAGUGUGUAGGACAGCACUGCAUUGGCUGCAAUUAACAGGUUUAGCUAAUCUCAGGUUUUUCAUCAGAAAAGAAAAUGUCAGCAUCUUGGCUGGUGCUGCACAGGUAAUGGUGCCUGUUCAAACUUUGCAUCUCAGAUUAAACUGCCCUUUUGGGGGGAGAGAGUAAGAAAGGAUGGAAAAGUUAAAUGUACAGGAAGUAAAUCCUUCAAUGUUCUGGAUCAGCAUUUGGACAGUCGGUAUGUAUGGAAAAGAUCAGGGAGGUACUACUGCAGUCAGGAAAUUAUAUAAAUAACAUUUUAAUUGGAAGAGUUAUUUCUAAAAUAGGAAUGAUCAUCGUGGGGAACUGGGGAAUCUUUAAUUUCAAAUGAUCUCCUCUUCAAUUUCCUCUGAUUUCAAUCAGUGUUCCUCCAAUCAGCUUUUUCUAAAAAAAACAUUUGCAGGAUUAUCUUGGUUUUCAGCACUGAAACAUUUAACCAGUUUUUAGUUAACUAACUAAAUUGGGCAGUUUAUAGAAAUUUAACUGACAUGAGUUUUCCAUUAUCUUUUUUCUAUUGCCUUUUCCAUAAUUUCCAAACUCUUUUUUCAAAGUUAAAGGGUCAAUUUGUGAGCUUUGCUAAACCUUCAGUUACUAAAAGUGUCCUUUGCCCUAGUCUUCUCACCUCCACUUGCCAUGUGCUGUUUAUUCUUGAGAAAUUGGGAAGUAAAUUGAAACCUGAAGAUAUGUGUUCUGUUCACAAAUGCACCCAAGUUUAGUUUAGUGGCCUCACUGCACUCUGUUAUAAACUAAUUCAAACAGGGAAGCCAAAGUAAAAUUAACUGACGCGUCAAGGUGCCCCUUAAACUGAGUUGCAGCAUAUACUGUCUUGUGGUCCAGAGCUUGCACUGCAAUUGGCCAACACCAUUCUUCUGUCACUUUCCUCCCAGCUCCCACCCAACAUAAUUGCACAAGUACAAACCUUGCUAUUCUCCACAAUACAAGCUGCUGAAGCACAGGAAAGAAACAAGUACCAUUUCCAGAAGAGUCACCAAAUUUUGAUUUACUUGCUGAAUGUCAACCUUUACGUUCAAGUAGUCUGAAGUGUAGGUUGGAUUAACCAUGUCUGCAUUUGUAUUUAUACAUCCUUUAUAUUGCAGUGCCCAGCACCAUAAUUUCUCAAUUUUGUUUCUUUCUCCAGGUGUGGAUAAUUUUGUUAAACUAUAUGUAAUUGUGGCAUCAUGUGUAGUUAGUUUAUUGCCAGUCAGAAGAGUUUCAGUGCAUCCUAUUUUUCAGUUAUGACUCCAAAGUUGAAAGGGUGAAGGAAGAGACCGGCAAGAGUAUCUAUUGCAGGUCUCUGUUAGAGGGGAUUUGCAGCUAUUAUAACUUACAGCAAUGGCCACAAUAGAGCUCAGCUUUUUGGAAUUGACAAUUUCAAGCUCAUGAUUGCAUGUAGGGUUCCAGCCCCACUUUGGGAAGCUCUGGUCUUCUCUGCUGUAGUGACACCAAGUCACUAAAUUACAGGCUCCUGCCUGUGAUUCAGGUUCUGAGAGCUGCUGGGUUACCUAUGUUCUCAGCAGUUGCACAGUGUUUCCUGCACACAGAAAGGUCCACUGCCAAUUUACUCAGGUUGCAUCUUAGUAGCUGCACCUGUCUUUGGAAUAGUGUUGACAGGACAAAUCUCUUCAAAAGAUGAGGGGAUUGACCUGAGCAAAAUAUGGAAAGAGGAAAAUGCUUUUAAGUAUGUUAUAUAUACCAUUCACACUCCAUUUUGUGAUGUGUGCAUCCAGUCACCUGGACAAUCUCAUACACCCAAAAUGGUGCUAUUGUUGUUGGAUUUGUUCUUCAAAUCUCUUGCAUGUCACUACGCAUUCAUUCUUCUACAGUGCUCUGCAUUUCACAUCUUAAACGUACUGCCCUUUAUAGAAAAUCACCUCAUUUCCACUGGAAGCUGUUGUCUACAAUUAGAUGACUAAUCUACUUGGAUAGUUUUGGAUUCUGAGAAGAUCAAAAUUCAAUCUGAAUAAUUCCUUUUUUCUGUUUGUUGCUGCAGCUUCUACUCUGCCUCUAAGAGUAAUCAAAAGAUGUAAUAUUUGGCUACUUUUUUACAAGUCUCAGAUCAGCUUCAGAGAAUUAAGUUUGCUAAGCUAAUUACACUGUACAUUAAAAAGGAAGUAAAUGCUGCACACGCACACUUUUUGGGAUUGUACUUGAACCAUAAAUGUAAGGAUUCACAAGAAAUAUUUGUUGACUGAUUUGUAAUGAAACUGGGAGAUUUUUGUCUGUGUGAAUGAUCUUUCCUUAGCACAGCACUGUUCAAUGACCUUGAUUAGUGACUUGUUUCUUGGCACUGUUCCCAUCCAGGGAAAAUGAUUGAUUAAAAUUUCAGUAACAAACUCCAGUUAAAUCUUUAACUGUGUAAUUAUUAAAAAAAAGUUUGAGCUAUUUUUAUUAUGAACAGAGUUUACUAUGUUUUGUUGUGUUUUUGUAGUUGUCACUGUUAAUACAUUUGACAAAAAUGAAAUUUAAACUCUGAUGACAUUGGAUUGAAUCAUAUUUUCUGGGCUCUUGACACUUUUUCUUUCCUAAGGCAGGAUGGCGUGGGGGUGCUGGAUGCUCCAAUCUGGAUCUUAUUUGUCAUUUUUCUUGAUCUAUUGUUGUGACCUUGCUCAAUUUACAUGGUUCUGGAGGGGACUGCUGUGCAAAUCUACCCAGAAAUGCACUCAAAAUAUUUUGCCAUGUAGUGUUUCCACUGCUUCCCUCAUCUUUUCUCAGUCAUAGAGCUGGAAGUAAGAGUUUUAUCUCCAAGCAUUUGCAUCUUCUCUUUCCUGUUGUUGUUCUUCAUCAAUUCAACCGUUUUCUUUGUGCUCACCUUUGUUCAAUGUUAAAGGAAAACAUUUCAGCACAAAACAGGGAGGGAAUUACAGAUUUUGGUACCUGGACAACUCAGCCAGCUGCCACUUGUACAGUGAAGUUUGGGGGGAAAAAAAGUAUGUAGAAUGACAAUUGGAAAAUACAGAAAGACAGCCUUUGCUGUACGUUUCACAGCUGCAGAGGUAAAAUUCUGAGAUGCACUUUGAUUUCUGUUUCAGAUAUUCAUCACAUCUCUUUAUAUAUAAUUGUUUUGUCUUUGUAUGCCCUAGUAAUUGUUGGUAUU